UAUGUCUACUGGCUAAUUCGCAACCCCCAGCCUUCAGCUCAUCAGCGUUAUAACGGAUCUUCUGUGUCUCUUAUCUAUCUUUGCUAUGGUUUAACGUGAAGUGACUUUUAUUUUGUAAUUUUUUCCAUUUACACGUGCGCUCGGCUAUUCUUUGUUUUCACAAGUAACUACAAUGCAGAGUCUCUAUGUUCACCUCUGCUGGAAGGAAGCUAACGGUCACUCGUUCACGCCAAUGGCUUUUGCUAAAUGUGACGUAGCUCGGUUUUGUGAAAGCAAGGCCGACGAGCUGCCACCAGAGCAGAUCGCUGUGCUGCGCAAGGCUUUCGACAGCUUCGACAGAGAAAAGAGCGGAAGCAUACCCACCGACAUGGUCGCCGACAUUCUCAGACUCAUGGGCCAGCCGUUCAACAAGAAAAUCCUGGACGAGCUCAUCGAGGAGGUUGAUGCCGACAAAUCGGGCCGCCUCGAGUUCGACGAGUUCGUGACGCUCGCUGCCAAAUUCAUCGUUGAGGAGGACGCGGAGGCACUCGAAAAGGAGCUGCGCGAAGCUUUCCGGCUUUACGACAAAGAAGGAAACGGAUACAUCCCGACCACGUGCCUGCGCGAGAUCCUGAGGGAGCUCGACGACCAGCUCACGGACGAGGAGCUCGACAUCAUGAUCGAGGAGAUCGACUCUGACGGCUCUGGCACCGUGGACUUCGACGAAUUCAUGGAGAUGAUGACCGGAGAAUAAAUUUUUAUCGAUCAAUCCGACGUUUUUCGACGAAAGGCCAAGAAAAAGCUAAUAAAAAAGUAUCAGUAACUUGGGGGAGGCGCAGUAUCGCUCCUCCGAUAUACAAGCGCUUUUGCAGAGGCUCGACGCGAAAAAAGAAUAAAAAAAAAAGAAAAAUACAUGGCCAGUUCUAAUUGUAUACGCGACGUAGCGUCUCUAGAACGUCGAUUUUCUCAUCUUCGGCCGCUGCAUACAGCUGCUCUCUCUCUCUCUCUCUCUCUCUCUCUCUCUCCUUCUCUCUCUCUCUCUCUCUUAAUCUUUCUACGAGCUACGGAGCAAAACUAUCUCUUAAAAAAAAAGACGAAGAAAUAUCUAUAUAUA